ACUUGGAUAACAGACAUGCAUGUGUUUGGCAAAUUGGCUACUUCGGUAUUUGGCUAUUCGGUUAUUUCGUAUUGGUAACGGCCGACCGCGCGGAGAUAGACAACAGCUGAUUCGGCUGCGCUUCUGGCUGACUGCCGUCGUCAGCAGUCCGUUGAGAUCUGUUGUUUGCCCAAUUGCUACCGAAUGGCGCAUGGCUGUAAUUUGCGUGGCCAAAAUCGAAGUCCCAGCCACAAUAAGUGUUCUUGCCAAAUAGCCGUGCAAUUGUCUUGACCCAAAUAUGGCUUUGGAACAGUGAUGGAAUUUCAAUUUGAUUCUCUUAGCUGAAGCGAAGUAAAUUUCCGAUUUCCGAUUCCCGAUUUCUCCGAUUCCCGAUUUCUUGAUAAAAAGAAACUAGCAAUUGGCAGUUCUCGCAAAGCGUUCCUUGCUCUUGUGAGUAUAUUAUUAGGCAGCCCAACGUGCUGCGAUCUUCCGUACGUGUUCUGGGCACAGCGUGAAUCGGUAAUUAUAAACAACCAGAGGAAGAACUGAAUAACUAAACUUUGAACUGCGCCCACAACUAUAUUUAGAUAUCUGCAGUGUAAAUUGUUUAUUUUUUCUGACACCGUUGCACACAGAGGUAGAGCUGGCUGGGCAGCUUGCGAGCCAUAUUUAACGACAAUUAAGCGUCAAUCUAUCCAUCAUCAAUUGGGUUCAGUCAACUCGUUAAUACAAGUAGUUUGCACCGAAAACUGACUUCUCAAUUGACACUGGGCGUCCUAGGGAGACUCUCGUGUAGUCGGCAUAUUUUAUCAAUAACAGACCAAUCGAGGGUAUCUCACGGCAUUUUAUGAAUGAAACGCAAAUUGAACUUUGCUCUUUACAACAUUCCGAUUGACGGUCGAGCUGUGUCGGUGUGGGUGGGGGUGGUGGUGGGUGUGUGGCUCUUAGCUCUUGGGACGACUGCAGACACAACACAUACAACUGAUUACGGCUGACUGACUAUUGACUACUGCCGAUUGGGCAUGUUGAAUGGCUAUUGAAUAUCAAAUCAGAAAUCACAUACAGAAGCUGGCAGAAUAGAGUGUAGUGAAAUUGAAAAUGUGUCUAUGAAAGCGUAAAAUAAAUUAAGGAAACAUGCCGAACGGCUUGGAGCUGACAUUAAUCAGCAGCAGCAGCAGCACCAACGAUAGCACCUCUCGACAGGCAAUAGGCGAACUGGAUGGCAUUCAGAACACCAGCUUUGAGGCAGCUGCUCAGAAUGCGCAGCUUAGGCGAUCCGCGUAUGUGGAAGGCUAUGCGGACAUGCUGCAAGAGCUGCAGACCAAGAGCAAUCCGGCACGCACGCAGCGUUCGCUGUCCUUUGUCCAGACGAAGCUGACAAAGAGCGGCUGUGUGAGCGCGUUACAGCGACCGGAAGACGGGGCUCGAUGCUGGCAGAAGGCAGUCGUAGUCAACUCACAGAAUAACCUCUGCAAUGGCCGGCCCAACAGUCACGGUCUUGCUCCCAAGAUACAGAACAACACCAGCACCAGCCCGAAUGGACAAAAGAAGGGCACCAUUUCGCUAUCGCAUCUGCCCCAGCGGCCGCCGGUGGACAUUGAGUUUUGUGAUAUCUCUUACUCGGUGCCCGAUGGACAUAUACGCGGCUUCAAGACAAUCCUGAAGAGCGUCUCUGGCAAGUUUCGCAAUGGACAGAUAACGGCGAUCAUGGGUCCCUCAGGAGCAGGCAAGAGCACGUUGAUGAACAUUCUGGCUGGAUAUAAAACCUCCCAGCUGAGCGGUUCGGUUUUAAUCAACAGCAAGGAAAGAAAUCUUCGUCGUUUCCGUAAGCUCUCCUGUUACAUCAUGCAGGACGAUGUGCUGAUUGCCAAUCUGACAGUGCGUGAGGCCAUGAUGGUGGCUGCUAAUCUGAAGCUUGGCAAGAAUAUGAUCAACUAUGCGAAGUGCGUCGUUGUCGAGGAGAUAUUGGAGACCAUUGGCCUAAAGGAAUCAACCAACACAUUAACAUGUAAUCUUUCGGGCGGUCAGCGUAAGCGCUUGUCCAUAGCCUUGGAAUUGGUCAACAAUCCGCCAGUAAUGUUCUUCGAUGAGCCUACCUCCGGUCUGGACAGCUCCACAUGCUUCCAGCUAAUUUCACUGCUUAAGUCAUUGGCGCGUGGAGGUCGCACCAUAGUCUGUACAAUUCAUCAACCAUCGGCGCGUCUCUUCGAAAAGUUUGACCAUCUCUAUCUGUUGGCCCAGGGCCAGUGCGUCUACGAAGGUCGAGUGCACGGGCUGGUGCCGUACCUCUCAUCCCUGGGAUAUGAAUGCCCGUCGUACCACAAUCCAGCCGACUAUGUGCUAGAGGUGGCAUCGGGCGAGUACGGCGAGGCAGUGCCCAAGUUGGUCGAGGCUGUAAAGGGCGGAAUUUGCAAGAAAUACAUGCACAAGGAUUACGGAGUCAAUUUAUCUAACACUAAGGCUAUUAACAAUGACAUUAUCAAGGGCAAUGGCAGCGGUGCAACCUCUACGAAAGCCGUUGCGACAAUCACCUUGGAGGACGAAAAGCCAGGCAAUGCUUAUGAAGCGGACGAGCUUACUGAACUGAAACCACCGAAGCUAAAAGCCCAGCAAUCACAGACGUCCGAAUGCAGCGCCGUGAAUAUACAGAUAACCAACGAUGACAGCGGCAGCUUUAGUUCUUCUAAAGGUGGUCAGAGCCAGAAUGCCGUAUCCGGUGGCACAAAUACCGUUGUCGGCUGCAUGACCUCGCUGCUCGAUUCGCAUGAGAGUGUGGUGACGCUGCCUAGCAAGACGGGCUUCCCGACCAGCGGCUGGACGCAGUUUUGGAUACUCUUGAAACGUUCGUUCCGCACAAUUAUGAGGGAUCGUAUGCUGACUCACAUGCGACUCGCCUCGCAUGUCAUCGUGGGCGCGAUCAUUGGGAUGAUCUACUAUGAUGUCGGCAACGAGGCCAGCAAGAUCAUGAGCAAUGCUGGGUGCAUCUUCUUUGUCGCUCUCUUCACAACGUUCACGGCCAUGAUGCCCACCAUUCUGACCUUUCCCACAGAGAUGUCGGUGUUUGAACGUGAGCAUUUGAACUAUUGGUACUCUUUGAAGGCGUUCUACUUUGCGAAAACCCUCGCUGACAUCCCCUUUCAGAUCAUAUUCUCCAGUGUGUUUGUUUUGGUUGUUUAUUACUUAACCUCUCAGCCCAUGGAAGUGGAACGCAUUUCGAUGUUCGUAUUCAUCUGCGUGCUCAACUCUUUGGUGGCUCAGUCUCUGGGGCUACUCAUAGGUGCUGGAAUGAAUGUCGAAACGGGAGUCUUUCUUGGACCCGUCUCCACAAUUCCCACAAUUUUGUUCUCCGGUUUCUUUGUCAACUUCGACACUAUACCGGACUAUUUACAAUGGCUCACAUAUGUGAGUUACGUGCGCUAUGGCUUUGAGGGUGCUAUGGUUUCGAUUUACGGCAUGGACCGCGCCAAAUUGCAUUGCAAUGAAAUCUAUUGUCAUCAUCGCGUUCCCAAGAAGUUCCUUGAGUGGAUGUCCAUGCAGGACGCCCGUUUCUGGGUCGAUGCGGUCGCUCUGAUAGGAAUCUUUUUCGCUCUACGCAUAGUUGCGUACUUUGUGCUCCGCUGGAAGCUGCACAUGAUACGCUAAAGGGCUACCGAGUUAUCUUAUCGAACUAUUGUAAAUAGUAAAUAGAAGACGCGCAAUUGGAAUUAAUGUUCGAGUACUGUAGAUAGGCGUAGCUUAAUGGUGCUUCGAAUUUUUGUUUCACGUUUAUUUUGCUGUAGACAUUACUACCAUGUAACAAGAGUAUAUAUUAUCGUACACGGAUUUUUUAUUCAUAAUACUUGCAUUGUAGCUGUUUUAUGUACGAAAUAUGUAGCGGAAUAUUUGACCCGGUAUAUUUGAGUAACACAAAUUGAGAUUCACAUUUAUAGACCUAAAGUUGUACAUUUAUAAAUAGACAUGGAUAAUUUAUUAGCGUACCUAAGGCACGUUCUAGGCUCCACACAAUACAGCCCAUUAAAGUAAAAAUCUUGUGACCAAGCAUAAGAGUCUGAAACUUAAAUAGGUUGAAAACUAUAACAAAUUUUUAGACAAGUUGUGAACUAGC